UCUCUCUCUCAAAAAAAGUCAGCGCUUUGGUUUCUCUCACUAAAAUCCCGGAAACUAAAAAAAAGAAAAGUCAAACAAUGGAAGUUGAUUGGGACUUGCAUGCGGUGGUCAGAGCUUGUUGCUCCACCGCGUCUUCUUCCUCCGCCACCGUCACCACCACAUCCAUCAGCACCACCGCAGCUCCACCUUCAUGGCAACAACCUAUAGAUACAUAUACAUACAACCAACAACAAAAAACAUCUCCUUUUCAGUUAGAUGGGAAUUUCAUGGGUUUUUUCCCAGAUCCAUUCCAAACAAGAAAUGACAAUAGCAUUGAACAUCUUUUAAAUGAUUUAAACACCCCCCGUGACUUUCCAAAGUUGCAAAAAACACCUCAUUCUCCACAAAGCUUACCAAUCUCACCCUUGUCUGUUCUUAGUGGUUUACAAGAUGCAUCCUUUCAUCUUCAUCAUCAAGAUAACCAACAUCAAAAUCAAAAUCAAAAUCGUCAGCCUCAAUAUCAACAGCAACAGCAAAAACAGCUUCAAGGAAAACAGCAGCAACCUUUUGGUAUAACUAGAUGUACAACUCCUAAUGCACAAAGUACAAAGUCCAAGAAAAGAAAAAAUCAGAUGAAAAGGAUCUGUCAAGUGCCUGCUGAGGGAUUAUCAUCUGAUGUGUGGUCUUGGAGAAAAUAUGGUCAAAAGCCCAUCAAAGGUUCUCCAUAUCCAAGGGGAUAUUACAGAUGUAGUACAUCAAAAGGCUGUUUGGCCCGAAAACAAGUGGAGCGAAAUAGAUCCGACCCGGAUAUGUUCAUCGUCACCUACACCGGCGAACACAGCCACCCAGUUCCGACUCACCGGAAUUCUUUAGCCGGUAGUACAAGAAACAAACCCACCACCUCCGGCGAAGAAGACCCAUCAUCCAAAAACAAGCCCAUUUCAUCUCCGCCGGUGUCUCCGCCGACCAGCCAGUCGCCGGCGACGGAAAAAGCCGACGACACCGACGACGACAACUUUGAUAUGGUAAUCGAUGAAGAUUUCUUUGAUGGGUUAGAUGAACUUGUCAGCCCGGAAACUGGAGUUAUAUUUCCGGUGACAUCAACGGUGAAUACGAUUGCCGCCGGUGGAAGUUGACUUUUGAUUAAAAUGACGUCAGCGUGAUGGGAUCAUGACAUGAGUUUAUUCUUGUUGACUUUGUUUUUUCUUUAUAAUAUUUAUUAUUUUUAUAUGUAUAUUUUUUCUUUUUGUUCUUUUUAGAGAGUAAAAAUAGGCUUUUGUCAAGAUAAUCUUGAAAGCAUAAAAAAGGAUUGUAAAUUAUGCAUUUAGGGUUGUACAUUUGUGUCAGGCAAAUGUCUAUUUUUUUCUUUAGGACCAAAAAUGGGGAGGGGGGGUAUCAAAGCCUUUGUUGUGGGCUGAAGAAUCUUGUCCAAUUACAAUGAACUUUUGUACAUGUUAGAGAAAAGAGUAUAAUUCUCCAUUAUAAUGAGAAAAAGAUCGAAUUGAAGAGUCUAGAACAGAAAAGAUUUUGAUUGAGAUUCCUUUGUUUUACAAGUA